UCGGAUUUAUUCAUAGAUUUCCAUUUUUAUUUACACAGAUUGGAUAACUCACAUGAGUAAGGCAGGCCAAUUUUUUGUUUUUUAAUAUUUUCUUUGGGGAAAAAAAAAAAAAAAAAAAGAGUCAAUAUUCAAUAAAGGAGGAAGAGGAGGAGAAGAAGCAGAACCCCACAAGCAACUUCCUUUUUGUCUCUUUUUUAAUUCUUCCACCUUACCAUGCAUAUAAUGGGCUGUUUCUCAUCCUCCGUGUAGAGAUCAAAUAUUAAAGAUUCCUUUUUUUUUUUUUGGGACAUUAUUUUUUUUUUUGUGAUCCAAUUUAAAUUCGGAUUGGACAUUAUUUUUUUUUGUGAUCCAAUUUAAAUUCGGAUUCUUGUUGUCGUUGUUUUCCAAAAGGAGGAUCCCUUCCCUGGUUUGAUUUGAUAGUGAUAUAUUAGUUGAAGUUGGUCCAAUCUUAUUGGAGGUCACCAAACACAUUGACAUGGCCAUGGAGGAAGCUAAAGUGAUGGAAACCAAGGAUGGAACUGUUUCUGUUGCUUCUGCAUUUGCUGGUCAUCAAGAAGUUGUACAGGAUAGAGACCAUAAAUUCUUAAGCAAGGCAGUUCAAGAAGCGUAUAAAGGUGUAGAGUGUGGAGAUGGAGGGCCUUUUGGUGCAGUUGUUGUACGUGAUGAUGAAGUGGUUGUAAGUUGUCACAACAUGGUUUUGAAUAACACAGAUCCAACUGCCCAUGCUGAGGUCACAGCAAUAAGAGAGGCAUGCAAGAAACUGAAACAGAUUGAGCUUUCAGAUUGUGAAAUAUAUGCAUCUUGUGAGCCUUGCCCUAUGUGCUUUGGUGCUAUCCACCUUUCAAGAAUUAAGAGGUUGGUUUAUGGAGCAAAGGCUGAAGCGGCCAUUGCUAUUGGUUUUGAUGAUUUUAUUGCUGAUGCAUUGAGGGGUACUGGCUUCUAUCAAAAAGCUCAUUUGGAGAUCAAAAGAGCAGAUGGCAAUGGGGCUAUUAUUGCAGAACAGGUCUUCGAGAAGACAAAGGAAAAGUUCCAAAUGUAUUGAUUUCAGUUUAAUCUGUCACUGUCUGUUAUGCUCGAAUGCUGGCUUCAUCAUUUUUUUCCAAUAAAUCGCUUAAUAAUAUAUAGUAUACUGUUGCAAGCUUGAAAUACAUCUUUCUUUGACCUUUUCAGUAAAGAUUUAGUCUUUUUUCAUUAUACUCUUGUUCAAAAGCUUGAAUGCUAAAUCUGUUCAAAAUCACAGCGAACCAUCUAUAAAAGUUGUUUGCAAGCAAAUUUGCUUGCCUUAUUAUUCAUAUAUCAAAA